AUGAUGAGUCAUUCUUCAUCUACUGCUAACUCAGUCGGUGGCUUCUACAACUUCCUCACUAAAGAAGUUGAUAAUCUUGACAGUUUGUUCAUUUCUGAGAAUUUCAUGUCAAUCAAUUUUCUUCAACAUGUUCUAUCAACCCUUCGGUCUUUUCAUUUCCAGUUAACAGUUUUGGUUCAGAGAUUAAAGUUGCCUGUUGGAGAAAAAUGGCUCGAUGAAUACAUGGAUGAAAGCUCGAGACUCUGGGAAGCCUGUCACGUGCUAAAAUCCAGGGUAUCGGCCAUGGAGAAUUUCUACUCAGCUGGCAUUAAUAUAGCUUCUUUGAUUGAUCAUCAUCAGGUUUUCAAUGUUCAACUUUCCGGCCAGGUUAUUCGGGCAAUCUAUGGGGGCCAAAGGGAAAUAUUGGCACUGGAGGAGGAAAACAAGAGCUUACUAGAAACGAGAAUGCAAACUCUAUCUCUGAGAUUCGAGGACAAUGCCUCGAUAGAAUCAAAGUUCAACAAGUUUAAUGGCUUUAGAGGAGUCCUUUACGCGAUGAGGAACAUAAACUCGGUUCUUCUGGUGAUCUUACUCAGCGGCCUCGUAUACUAUUGGCCGGAAACAAGUUUUUGCCAUUGGGACUAUGAAGGAAACCUCGAAUUCAGUUCAGCCGUCAUGGUUUCAACUGCAACAUUGCUUCAAAAAGUGGCGUCUGCGGCCAUAAAUCAUACGGGAGGACAGGCGGGAAUUCUUGCAUACGAGUUUCGAAGGGCGAGAUUUGAAAUGGAUGAGAUGAAAGUGGAUGUGGGGAGGGUUGUUGAGCACGAGGAAUCAGAAUUUGAUAAUGUUCAUGACAAGGUUGAGAACUUGAAGAGUUGCUUUGCAAUGCUGAAAUGUGGGAGUGAGAGCAUAAUUGGGCAACUUGAUGACUUGUUUGAUGAAAUAGUUGAAGGGAGGAAGAAGCUUCUUGACAUGUGCUCUCAUAGAUAG